AUGGAACAGAAGAUUCUACGCGGAGAAUGCAAAGGGACACUGAAAAUAGAUGGCAUCAACACGGAUGUUUCUUUCGUGAGAGAAUUGAGGGCGGAAGACAUUAAGAUGCUGGGCAUUGAGAAUGUGCAAAUCGAAGAGUUUCCAAAAGUCAAGUGUGAGAGACACCCGGAUGGGAAGCUGACUUGCAAUGAGCAUGAUAAGGAUUUUAAUCAGUUCAUCGAUCAUAUGCCGGAAACACACAAGAUUUUGGAGCAACUUGAGCUUGAAAACGCCUCGACGAGCCAGAGAAACUACAAAAAGAACGCCGCUUCACUGAGUUCAAAAACUGCAUUUCCGACAUUUCUAGUCUGCAUGUUUUUCUACGCGCUCCUGAAGUUUAUGAUCAUGACAAUGUGCAUUUAUGAAAACUCGUGUAGGCAAAUGAAAAAGUUGGAAAAGCAUCGUAAAAAGGACUGA